GGAUCCCACCUGCCACAAGCCCCCGUGCAGGGGACACUUUCCUGGCAGCGUUGUGACACCGUCCUCUGUGCCCUCCACCAUCCGGCGCCCCAUGGACGCUGGGCACCGAAGAGGGGCAGCCGCUUCCCCCAGCCUCUGAAGCACCCCAGGGCUUGGUGGGGGGCUCACCCUGCCCUGCCGGACCCCUGGGCUUGGGCGAUGCCACCCCGAGUCCCCGCUCACACCCCCUGAGGACUGGCCGUGCUGCAGGAUGGGUGCUGGGGUGGCAUCGGGCACCGCCAGCCCCGGAGCCAGGGCGUCGCAGGACACGGCACAGCCCGGUGCUGCCUCCGUGCGCGGUGCCCCGGCGCUCAGCCCGGCCCCGUGAAGGGCUCCCCAGCAUCAUGGCCCCGGGCGGGCAAGCGUGAGCCUCUGGCCACCGGCAGCACUUGGUGAGGAGGAGGAGGAAGAUGCCAACGCGCCUCCGGCACUGCCCGGCCUGUGGUCCCCCUCACCCGGGCACGGCGGCCACCGGAGCCGAGCGAUGGAUUCCUUCUGCUUCGUCUGCUUCCAGAAAGAGGAGCUGCAGCCCCUGCACCUGCACAGCGCAGCCAUGAGCGCGGGUUCCAUUGAGCAAGAGCCGUCGCGCAAGCUGGCCUGCUGCGGGGUGCCCCUCAUCACCGAGGACAUGCAGUCCCUGGCCAUCCGCACCCUCUCGGGCACCGACAUCAGCAAGCACUACGACCUCAUCCGCGAGCUCGGCAAGGGCACCUACGGCAAGGUGGACCUGGUGUCCCACAAAAGCACAGGCACCAAGAUGGCCCUGAAGUUCGUCAACAAGAGCAAGACGAAGCUGAAGAACUUCCUGCGGGAGUUCAGCAUCACCAACACGCUCUCCUCCAGCCCCUUCAUCAUCAAGGUCUUCGACGUGGUCUUCGAGACUGAAGACUGCUACGUCUUUGCUCAGGAGUAUGCCCCCGGCGGGGACCUCUUCGAUAUCAUCCCGCCGCAGGUGGGGCUCCCCGAGGAGCUGGUGAAGCGCUGCGUGCAGCAGCUGGGCCUGGCCCUCGACUACAUGCACAGCAAGAGCCUGGUGCACCGGGACAUCAAACCGGAGAACGUCCUGCUCUUCGACCGCGACUGCCGCCGCGUCAAACUGGCCGACUUCGGCAUGACCCGCAAGGUGGGCUGCCGGGUCAAGCGCAUCAGCGGCACCAUCCCCUACACGGCCCCCGAGGUCUGCCAGGCCGGGCGGGCGGAGGGCUUCGCCGUGGACACCAGCAUCGACGUCUGGGCUUUCGGGGUGCUCAUCUUCUGCGUCCUCACCGGGAACUUCCCCUGGGAGGCGGCGGCGGCUUCCGACGCUUUCUUCGAGGAGUUCGUGCGGUGGCAGAAGGGGCGGCUGGGGGGGCUGCCCUCCCAGUGGCGGCGCUUCACGGACAGUGCCCUCCGCAUGUUCCAGCGCCUGCUGGCCCUCGACCCGGAGAAGCGCUGCCCCGUCAAGGAGGUCUUCUACUUCAUCAAGUGCGACCUGAUGGCCGAGGUGCGACGACGACCUUCCUACCGCUCCCGGAAACACGCCGGGGACAAGCUGCCGGCCGGUCCCCACCGUCACGAGGCGGCCGGUUCCUGCACCCCGGCCCCGCUCAAGAGGACCGUCCUGACGGAAGGGAGCGGACCCCGCGGCUCCGAGCCGAGCGCGGCCCCCCCGGGGACGGCCGGCAGGACAGACGGACGGCAGGACAAAGGCAAAGGGCAGAUGGUCCUGGCCACAGCAAUAGAGAUCUGCGUCUGAGGGCGGCAUGAGGUGGCCACCCAUCCUUGUGUCGUCCCCCCACACCUCCUGCCUCCCUGGGGACAGGGAUGGGGCAGGGGGUGCUGCUCGUGGGGGUGGCACGAGCCGGGACCGGGCUCCAGGUCUCCCAAAGCAAAAAAAGAAGAAGAAAAAAAACAAAAAUUAAGGAAAAGCAAACAAAAAUGAAGAGGAAAAGGACAAAACUGGUUGCGCUCCGUAGCGCCGAGGAUGCUGAUCCCCCCCCACCCCGCCGGGGAGGACAUCGGUGCCCCCUCCAAGGCUCCCCCCGGGGUGGCAGGGGGAGGGGGCUCCCCAUACGAGGAGGAAGAGCCCGGGGGGGGGGCUCUGUGUGGGUGGGGGUCACCCCCCAGCACCCACCGGCUGCCCCCCACCCCGUGCCCGUCCCCCGGCCGGGGCGCGGGAAGGCCGAUGACCCCGCACGGUGGAGGAGGCCUUUGUGUGUGUGUGUGUGGGGGUGUUGGGUGGGUGGCCGUUUGCCCCCUCCCACCGGUCCCUGUC